AUGACAGGAUCUUAUAAUACCUUCCUCGCAUUUUUUGCUCUUACAAACCUUAUCACACUCGCUUCCACGAACAACUUCACGGGACUGCCAAACUAUGCUUCUAGCAUGGUGUUCGAGCUUUUUUUCGAGUCCGACUCGAGUUCUAGAGCGUUCCCUGCCGCUGAGAAUCUCAAUGUCAGAUUCUUAUUCCGAAAUGGCACCGAUUCUAAUAAUGGACCACCGAGUUCAGGACAAUGA